AUGGAUCAAUUGUAUCAGUCCUGGCCUAAAUUUGUGAGUUUUGCUACAUUUCAUUUUGCCUUUCAAACCCACACCACCAUUGUUGUUUAUACUACAAAUCUAAACUAAAAACUUAUUUUAGCUAUGGCCAAAUAUUCUGAACCACCUGACAUCAAUGGAAGACGUGUGCUCAUUGGCCAUGGUCAAUAUGUACUGUUACAAAGUAGUCAAUGAAGAUUUUAAAAACUUGUGUUACAAAAACGCCAUUUUUCGUACCAAAGGAGAGACUUGGGCUUAUGCCUUUCAACAGUAAGUUAGCCCAAUUUGUUGUUUACUACGAUGGUUCACUAUAUAGAGACAUAACUGUAUAGUAAUAUAAAGUAGUGGUAUAUCGACCGAUAUAAAUUAUUGAUCUAUACCUAUCAAACCAACCUUUUUAGUUCGAAUAACCGUACGUUUGGCCAAGUAACCCAAUCAGUCAACAACAAACACGCAAGUUUAUUUCUGGCCAACUCUAUAUGUUGUCCACAUUCGGGCAUGAUAGCGAAUUUGGUGAGCAAAUCCUUCGUUUUCAUCACGAACAUCGAUGCUUCUUUAAAAAAGUUCGAAGUGAUCAACUGUUCACCACACAUAAUCACCGAUUCUCAACUAAUCAAGAAAGGCACUCAGCUAAUUCUACAAACAGCAGACUACUAUUAUGUUUAUGACAUUGUUCGCGGCAAGUCAAUUAAAGUCUACCAUUACGUGCCGAAAUCAGAAUAUGGUUGGUAUCUGUUGAGAAGAAGAGAUGGCACUUUGAUUGAUAUCUACAAUCAACGAAAGCUAAAGUUGGAAGCAACUAUGCCAAAUAAACAGUUCAAAGCACAUCUACAUCCAAAUGACAUGUUCAACGAGCGGAAUUACAUACAGUACUUCCAUAAGACAAAGGGACAUAUGAUUUUGAAUUUGAAAACUGGAAAAGAAGUGGAGUUACCUGUAUUGAAACAUAGCUACAGAGGAGACAUGGUGGAAAUCAAUGGAUUUUACAUAUAUGCUACCCGUAAGUCGUUGCAUUAUAUAAUUGUGGCAGAAAACGUCGGAUGAUGAAAGAAGUCAAAAUAUUUUAAUUACAGUUUACAGAUUGUUGUUUAUACUAAUGUAUUCCAGAUAAAAAGGUAUAUAUUUACAACUUGGACACAGGAGAAUGUGUAUUUACUAAACACAUCAGCGGAGCAUGCCUGUUUUCCAACGAAAUGAUCUAUAGUCGUUGUUCUCGAGAAGUAAGUCAUUUUUAAAAUUUUUUUAGCGUAUAAAGCUUACAGUAUUGUUUUUAAAUAGUAGGAGAACAUAACAAGUUGUUGUUGUCUAAGGGUUUUUUUUCAUUUUUUAAUCAAAAUUAUGUUCAAUUUUAAUCUUUUUUACAGUACUUUCUCUAUACAAUAGUCUCUCUAUAUAGUGAACCAUCUGUAUAAGCAACAUUCCUUAUAUUAAACAAGAAAUUUGGCCCCGCCAAGCCAAAUUGUGCUAAAAAUCACUCAGUGAAGACAACACUCCCAAGAAAGUACAUACUGUAUAAGCAACCCGAAGGGACCGACGUUUCGUGUUUCCUAUAGGGGUUGUUGUUUUUACAGAGUGAUUUUUAGUGCAAAUUGACUCGGCGGGGACAAAUUUUUUGUUUAUUAUAAAGAGAGCUCCUUACACAUAUGAUUCACUAUAUAGAUAGAGAUCACUGUAUUAAGUUUCUUAUAAAGAAAGUAAUUUACUUUUCAAAAAAGAUACGACAUUUUCUCAUACUUAAUAUUUUCUCUUUAGUACGUAGUUUACGACACAAGAAGGGAACAAUGGAUUUACACCACAAAAUGUCAUCAUCGUAUUAUGGCACUUACAAUUGAUACAUUGGUGCCACCAUUUCAUACGGCAACGCUAGGCUAUACUUUUGAACCUACAAAGUCUCCGGGUUUUGCUGUUCACAUUGAGUUUAAGAAUGGUAAGUUAUCGUUUCUUGUCAACUUUUUGUAUAUAAUCUUAUAGUACUAUUUAGCGAGUGAGGAACAUAUUUUACUUUACUUUCAUAUGCCAGUUGUUUCAAUAGAAAUGUCAAAGAUAAUAUAAUACUGAAAUUUUUGUUACAGAUCGCCUGAUAACCAGAACGUUUAAACCAGUCCAGCAACACAAUGCCAUGUUCGCCAUCCUGAAGGUCACUACUGAUUCUACCGCCGACGUAAACUUGAUCGCGUCGAACUACCUCAAAGUCCUCAAUAGAGUGAAACUACGCGAAAAGAGCGAUACAGUGCCAAUGUUGACAAAAGCUGAAACAAUUUUACGAAAUAAGCAUUACGGUAUUCUACCCUUAAAUACUUAA